CAAACGCGAGGAAAGUAAACACAACUCGCAAGAUGGCCUCGCUUCCCGUCGUGCGAUCUGCAAUUCUCGUGUUAUUUUCCAUACUUUUGACAGUCGUGUUGGGGUUCGGACUUCCAGCAUUUUUGAAUAUUGUUACCAGAAGUUUUGGCUUUCCUGAGACGAAUGUGACCGAGUGCAUAGUUGUGAUAUAUUUAGUUUUUGUUGUGUAUGUCGCAACGCCUAGAAUACCAAGAGGAUCUAUUGAGGUGAACGGCAGGGCUGUCUUCAUAACUGGUUGUGAUAGUGGUUUCGGUCAUGCAUUGGCCAGGCAUCUUCACAAGCUGGGCUUCACUGUCUUUGCAGGGUGCCUCUUAAAGGAUAAGGGGGGUGGGGGAGCUGAGGAGCUACAGGCUCUUCACUCAGAUCGUAUGAAGGUAGUCCAGCUAGAUGUGUGCAGUGAUGAAUUGGUGAACCAAGCUGUGGACUAUGUCAAGGCUAACCUGGAGGACUCGGAAAGAGGUUUAUGGGCAGUGGUGAAUAACGCGGGUGUGUCAACCUUUGGAGAGGUGGAGUUCACCACCAUGGACACAUACAAGCAGGUUUCAGAGGUGAACCUGUGGGGCACCAUUAGGGUCACAAAGGCCCUUUUGCCUCUUAUCCGUAGGGCCAAGGGUCGUGUAGUAAACCUGGCUAGUAUGUAUGGGAGGAUGGGCAAUGCUUUGCGCUCCCCCUACUGUGUGUCCAAGUAUGGAGUGGAGGCCUUCUCAGACUGCCUACGGUACGAGAUGAAGUCCUGGGGAGUUAAAGUCUCCAUUAUCGAACCUGGCAACUUCAUUGUGGCCACUGGAAUCCUUACCCGUGAUAUUGUGGCAUCCACAGCAGACAAGCUGUGGAAGGAGGCCCCCCCUGUCGUCCAGGAGGACUAUGGAAAGCACCACUUUGAGCAGUAUAUGGCUCUGAUGCGCUCUUACUGCAACAGUGGACAGAAAGACAUGGCACCAGUUUUGGAUGACAUCACAGAUGCCAUUACAUCCAAACGCCCGUACACACGCUACAAUCCAAUGGAGGCCCAUUGGUGGAUAAGGAUGCAAGUUAUGACACACCUGCCUGCUGUGUUAUCUGACCGCCUCUACUUCUGAAGGAGAAACAAUCCUUUAACCCUCGUGCUGCCUUCGGGUCACAUGACCCAAAGGUUCAUAACGAACCAUCAUUGUGUUUACCCAAUUUUACCCAAUACAAAACCAAAUAAAAAUACUUUUCUUUUAACCUUCGCAAUGUGGGGGGUCUGAGACAGCCCGACGGUUAAAAGAAAAUGCUUCACUUUGUUUUUGUAUGCGGUAAAGUUGUCGCAAUACGACGGUGGGUCACAAUGACUGAUGGGUCAGAACGACCCGAGGAGAACACAAGGGUUAAUUGCCUAAAUUAAUUGUAAAAAUUCCCAUCAAAUAGGGUGUAAAAACUGAUCAAUUUCCAUGUAUUCUGCUCACAAUCCCAUCAUUAUCUAUUUACUUGUACGCUGAUAUUUACAUUUACAUUACAUUUAGUCAUUUAGCAGACGCUCUUAUCCAGAGCGACUUACAGUAAGUACAGGGACAUUCCCCCGAGGCAAGUAGGGUGAAGUGCCUUGCCCAAGGACACAACAUCAGUUGGCAUGAACGGGAAUCAAACUGGCAACCUUCGGAUUACUAGCCCGAUUCCCUCACCGCUCAGCCAACAGACUCCCAUUAUCCCGAUAUUAUACUGACAUCUAGGUAAUCCUACAAUCACUUAAACUGUAGCCUUUGUACAAUAUCCUAUAUAAUAUGAGCAGUUGAAGUGUACUACUUGGAAUUUGUAAAGAAUAAACAAACAUUUCAACUAGAAAUUGAAUAAGUCUUAAAUGGGUUGUUCACCCAAUUGAUUCAUCCAAAUCUAGUUUUUGUAACAACAUAACCAAACAAGUCAGCAUUGUUAGCAAUGAACACGUGGAUAUGUUAUUUAGUUGAACUAUCCCUUUAACAUGCCUCGUGACACUGAGGACCGUUGGACCAAAGCUAAAGCUAAAGAGAGCGGCCCUGCUGUGCUGUGUUAGAUCUUGUUGGAACCAGUUAAGUUCAACUAAGAUCAUUGAGAGACUUGGCUAGCUUUUCUCUGGCUUACGUAAUGAAAACAGACUGGCUUUGUGCUCACUGCUCUAUGAGAUUCUGGAAACUUCUGUUGCUGCAAGGUUCAUGCAAAGAAUCAAAUGACUUGGUGAAAAGUGUGUUGUGCAGUACCAUCAGUGUUGGGGAGUAACGGAAUACAUGUACCGGCGUUACGUAUUCAGAAUACAAAUUAUGAGUAACUGUAUUCCGUUACAGUUACAAUUUAAAUAGUUGGUAUUUAGAAUACAGUUACAUUGUUGAAUUCAAUGGAUUACAUUACGAUACUUAUCUGUUUCACGUGUUUAUUCACUCUCUAAAUAAAUUAAGGCAACUCCAUGCAUUUCCCAGAACUUCUAUCUGGUGGUUUCUACACUGUACGAACACAACUAGAUCUAUCGCUCCCAUGUCAUUGCCUUCGUUCUUUCCUUCUGCAAUGCUAUUGGCUAAGCCAAUGCAUGGCCAUCAAAUGCAUGGGGGAUGCAAACUCACGUACCAUGGUUGGCCAAAGCAUGCCCCUCAUCCACUCAAGUAGUUCUUAAAGAUCCUCUAAAGCAAAUUCCAUGAUUUGCUUCUGAGUACAUUAUAUACGUGUGAAAUGAGUUCCUGAGAGCAUAUGCAAAGCGCGAAAACUUUGUCGCACUGAAAUGUGGAGUUAAACCAUUGAACAGUUUCUCUUCCGUUUUCAGAACAGGUUUUAAUGGGCGAAGCCAAUAAAUGACCGAUCUACGUCGCAUUGACCGAUCUACGUCAGAUCACUGAAUGACUCCCCCUGCUGUACUGUUAUUGUAGCCUACAUCAGCUAGCUAGCUAGCUUCAGGAUGUCUCCCUCCACCCGCAACUGCAUCUUCCCUGGAUGCAAGAACUUCAGCUGCGCUGCAACGCUAUUUAAUUUCCCUAUUGAUGAGGAAAGGAAAAAUAGGUGGAUUGAUUUUGUGAAGAGCCACGCUGAUGGAAAGCUUCGGAUAAACUCCAACAGCCGCCUCUGCAGUGACCAUUUCAAGGCAGAUAGAUUUAACAUGGUCCAGAGACGGAUGGGGUUCACGGACACACAGCUUCUCUUGCAGCGCGGAGGCGUACCGAGCAUCGCCCUCCCGGCCGUUCCUCCUCCGGUCGCACCUGGACCAUCCACCACCGCCAGCAGUUCAUCACUCAGUUCUGUGUGCUUGUUAUAAUUAUACUAGAUACAUUUUCCAGAGGUAUCUCUGCUAUGAGUUAGUGCAAACCGCUAACUUGAUAUUAGGCUACUCGGUGUAGAAUGAUGGUAUUUUGGUGAAAUGGUAGCUCGUGCUAGAAGUAGUUGGAGAGUAGUUGGAGUCUUCUGUCUCUGGUGUCCAUUUUUACUCCUGUGUUACAACUCAGGGAACAAGCUUCAUUUAUAUGCAUCUGUAUGUUUCACUCAUUGAACAAAUAAAUUCUAAUUCUAUA